CGCAUGCUUCUCUGGAAGACUGACUUAUGGGAGAGCUAGAAACAAGUCACGUGCUCUUUGUCCAGAGGGCAGCAGUGUACCUCAAAUGCUGCGAGGCUGAAGUGUAGUGCCAAGCUAGCGACAAGGACGCAGGAACAUUUUGGUCAAAAGGAGAGCUUAGAAGUUACGUCUGUGUUAACCUGAGGCUGGGGUUUUGAGUUUUAUUACCUUUGUCUUUUGCCUAUAAAACUCAGAAAUGUUUAGCAGUUUUCAUAGGGAAUUUGAUGAAGACCCGUUCUUUGCGUAAGUAAAUAGAUCCUUUCCGGGCGCACCAUCAGAUGAUGAGGAGCUUCUCUGACCCCUUUGGAAGAGAUCCCUUUCUGAGUAUCACCGAUGGAAGAGAAAGAGCGAGAGAUCAGCGUGGGUCCUCCGAUUCCAACAUGGCACUGAGAGAGGAUCACAGGGCUCCAGAUGGAAGGAGUCCUUUCAGCAUGGUGGACAGCAUGAUGGCAAACAUGAGGAACAUGAUGAGAGACAUGCACAGAAACAUUGAUAACUUCUCUCUGGACUCCAACGCACACUCGUUCUCCUCGUCUUCAGUGAUGAUGUACUCAAAGGUCGGGGACGAACAUGCAAAGGUUUUCCAGGCUUCAAGUCAAACUCGCAGGGUUCCCGGAGGGAUCAAAGAGACUAGACGGUCACUGAAGGAUUCUGAGAGCGGGAUAGAGAAGAUGGCUAUUGGGCAUCACAUCCAUGACCGUGCGCAUGUCAUCGCGCAGUCUCAAAACAAGAAGACUGGCGAUCAGGAAAGGAAUGAAGAAUUUCUCAACUUGGAAGAAACUGAAGCCCAGUCAUUUGAGGAAGAGUGGCAAAGGGGAGUUUCAAAAUUCAAGCCAUCUGUGCCCCUGUCCCACUUGGAGGCACCUAAACAUAGAACUGUCCACUGCGCAGCGAUAGCCAAACCUGAUGAUGCAGCAAGAAGAGAGAAGCAUCCCCCGAAGGCUCCCGAAGAAGUGAAAAAAAUACAUUUUAAAGAACUGAGUGUGAAAGGAUCGGGAUUGAAAAACAACCAUCAAUAAAAUAAUAAAAUCAGGCAACACAUUCUAGUGCUUCAUCGUUUAUCCGAGACCAGUCGUACUUGGUUUUAAGUGUUGGUGUGCAUUGUCUAGAUCAAUCUUCUAGUUUACUGACUUUUGAACGUCUAUUUUUCUACCUUCAAAUCAACAGCUAGAACGAUAAUUUUGUCUUUUUCAAAUCGAUUCGUAAGGUAAUGCACUUUACAAAAUGUGUACAGCAUGAUACCUGUGUUAUUAGUUUUUUUAAGAUUGGUCUUGCUAGAUACAAAAUAUCUAAAUUUGUUCUCAUAUGGCUCACUUCAAUAGCAGAUAAGAACGUGUAAGACUGUAAUCUUUGAUUUUCAAUAAUAUAUAAUUACUGCGUAUUACUCUAUUUUGUUUAACUGGUGUAGGGCUGUUUCCAGUUAUAAAUGUGUUCAAUUUAGUAAGUUACAUGAACACUAUCAAGAGUGGGCAUGCUUGAUAUUACUUUAGUCAUACCAAUAAGAAAAGCUGCAUUGAUGCAUUUGUACACACAGUCUUACUGAAACUUGCAUUCUGUAUGAUCCAAAUUGCAGAAGAAAAUGAGAUGUUCUUUGAUGGGAUAAUACUUUGACAUAUGAAAUAUCCUUUUGGACUUACACAUUCGUAUCUUCUACUGAAUAUGACCCACAAAGUACGGUUACAGUAAUUUUACCCUUUUAAAAAAAAAAUAUAACAACCUGCUGUAGAUCAUCUCUGUAGUGUGUUUAAUAUAUAUUACUUGUUCACUUUCAUUUACUUUGUUCUUAAUUAGACUUUUUUAUUUAACAAUUAAUACUGUUGAUAAAUAACUGCAAUAACUGUUACCAGACUGAUGUUUGAUGCAGAAGGAGUAGAAACAGUCACAUGUUUGUUGUAAAUUAUCAACAGGUUCCAAAACAACUGACUUAACGCAACAACAGGAUGUAAAUGUUUGUGUUACUGGCCAUCUUUCAGGUUUCUAUCCAUAUACACAAGUAAACAAAUCCUCUACCAUUGCCAAAAUACUACAGUAACCGGAUACAGUGGAAAAUUGCAUCACAUGCGUUUCUGUCAAGUUGUGCCGCUGAAGUAACAUAUUUCUACACUCAUUUUCAUGUUCAGUUUCUUUCAUGCUUCAUUUUGUUUUUAAAGUGUGGGUUCAUUGAUAGUAAAUGAAGAUGCUGGAAUCCCACUCCACUGAAAGGACUGAUUUUAAGGGCACCGAUUUGAACAAAUAAACCUGUGAUCUUUAAUAAACCUGUUCUUUCUGAAAACUC